AUGGACCGACACCCCCUCGCCGCCCUCCACGGCAACCACGCCCCCUCUCCCCACGCGUUCACCUCUGACAACGCGUCUCGCAAACGCACCAAGCUCGCUCCUAUUUUCGCACGCAACAAGAGAGCUCAGCCCAGCUCCAGCCCUCUUUCUGGUCAAGAGAAUGCGACGCCAUCGAGCAGCCAGGGCCAGAGACGCGUGGUAGACAGGUCGAGCCCUCUGUCGCCAACGCGGUCUCACAUCCGGAACGACGCGCCCUCAUCCCUUCACUCUGCUUCGACCACCGAAGACUUUUCUGACGAGGAAGAUCUACCGAGUCCAGUAGUAGGAGGCCACAAACGCAAGAUCCAACACUACUUUACCCCCAGUACCUCUUCGAGUUCGCGCCCGCAAGAAAAGGAGAGACGCGUUGAACCAUUGGCUGUUGUGGAGCCAGCAGUGGAGUCCAGCGCGUGGAAGCGGCGUAGAAGACGCCUAGGUGUCAAUUCACGAGGGACAGGGCUAGAUGCCACCAACUUCAUACCUCCACAGCCUCCAUAUCUGCGCGAACUCUGGCACUCUCUGGCGCCAUACCACCCCGAAGAACCACCAUCUUCGCUCUUCUUACCAUCUAUCCACCCCCCGAACGGCAUCGCUCGCGACUAUUCACCUCCCUUGACUAUCACUUUCAGCCAUACCGCCAAACGGUACACGUCCCACGAGGCUCGCGGCCAAGGCCUGCGCAGACUGAUAGCAGUCGGCAAUGAAGAAGGAGGGUUGAGGAUUGUGGAUUUUGAUGAAGGCCUUGGGAUGCAUAGGGAGGAGAAGGGGUGGUGGUGGAGAGCUCAUUCCAAUACGGUGUUUGAUCUGAAGUGGUCGGCAGAUGAUACUCGCAUCCUUACCGGGUCUGGCGAUGGAACAUCACGGAUUCAUGCACUUACGACCCCUACACCCACCCUCCUCGCAACUCUCCGCGGCCACACGGCCUCUGUAAAGACGGUCACAUUCUUCGACCCGACGCGUUCUGCGGAACCGUCCAUGUCUUCCUCCAUCGUUGCGUCGAGUGGGCGAGAUGGCAACAUCUUGAUAUUUGAUGUGAGAACCAAGGGACGGAUGGUGAAAGGAUCCGACGAUGGACGGGGGUCGAGGGAAGGGUCGAGGGACAGGUAUAUGAAUGGUGUACCGGGGUGGGCGGCGCAAACUGGUGGAGAUGUUUUGGAUCCUGUGAUGACCAUCAAGUCGGCUCAUGGGGACCGUCGGACCUCAAGCCGCUCUGCGACGCGUUCCGUCACCUCCCUCCUCGCUCUGAAUUCCAUGCCUGGCACGCUUGCGUCAGGCGGGUCAUUCGACGGUAUCGUCAAACUCUGGGACCUCCGUUUCCCCGCCCCAACACCCCGUUCCCCCACCCCGCGUUCAUCUUGCACUUCCUCAGGCGUCCUGCCAGACUGCACCCUCAGCGGCGGUUCCCCAAGCAAACGCCCAAGGAGCAUCAACGCCAUGGUCGAAAGCCCUUCCACGGGGGACAUUUACGCCCUAUGCGGGGAUUCCAAAAUUCACGUCAUCCGUCCUUCCGCUGCCUUCUCUCCUGAAGAAAUGGCAGAAGCGACCCUGGACCAAGUGGCAGAAACCAUCCAACCCCAAAAAUUCACCCACCCCGACCUGCUUAUUAACUCGUUCUACAUCCGUCUCUCCAUCUCUCCUGACGGGCGAUACCUCGCUACAAGUUCGCCCCGGAGCGGACAACUAGCAUGGGAUACCCAGUCGCCCAACGUGGCGGCGGAGACGUAUGGGUGGAAAGGGAGGGAGGUUGGGGCGAUGGAUUGGGGGAAGGAUGUUUUGGCGGUUUCGGGAGAUGAUUGUGGGGCGCAUUUGUAUCGGUAUAAGCCGGAGGUGGGGAGGUUUGCGAGAGGGGAGAAGGGGUUUGAAGAGUUGUUGAGGGGGCAGGAUUGGAUGGGCGCUUCGAGGCAAUGA